AUGGAUAACCCAAAAGCCAUGGAAGAUGCCCAAAAUGCCCUGGGGAUGAUGAUUUACCAAAUAUUAAAUAACCAAGUAAAAAAAACAUGUUUUGAAAAGUGCUUUGGUCAGAAAUUUUCAGAAGAAAUGGGAAAAAAUGAACAAAUCUGUUUAGCAAAGUGCAUGGAUAGAAUGUAUGAAGCACAUACAAUUGUGACGAAAGCAUCAAAUGAGAUUUCUAAGAAUUUAAAUUCCGAUGGUGGAUACUAA